GGGCGGGGCCACCCAGCUGCGCACGCGCAGCUGGACACAUAGGCGGAAGUGGUCCGCAGGCGCCGGGGAUGCGAGCACCUGCCGAGGAGGCAGCGGCCGUGGUGGACGGUGCCGGAGUGGGUGAGGAGGAGAAGCAGGAGAUGCUUUGUGGGAAAUUUCAGUAGAGAUGUCAGUACUUUGGUACAGAUGUUCAAGAAGAGACCAUGCCGGAGGGGUGUGACUGCAUGUCUGGCGCAGAUCUGCAGCUUCUAGGAUCGUGAAUAGGACUUGGCUCAGCAGACAAAAGAAAAACUGAACAAAGGAGAGGAAACCAACAAACAUCACGCUGGAAAUACUGAAUGCGGCAGAAUAAGAACAAUGGAUCUCAAGUUCAACAACUCCAGGAAAUAUGUUUCUAUCACUGUCCCGUCCAAAACCCAAGCAAUGUCACCACACAUCAAGUCAAUAGAUGACAUUGUGGUGCUUGGCAUAAAUCUCAGCAGAUUUAACAAACUUACUCAGUUUUUCAUAUGUGUUGCUGGAGUUUUUGUAUUUUACCUAAUUUAUGGAUAUUUACAGGAAUUAAUAUUUUCAAUGGAAGGUUUUAAGCCCUAUGGCUGGUACCUGACCUUAGUGCAGUUUGCGUUUUACUCCAUAUUCGGCCUAAUAGAACUUCAGCUCAUUCAAGAUAAAAGGAGAAGAAUACCAGGAAAAACCUACAUGAUAAUAGCUUUUCUAACUGUGGGUACUAUGGGGUUAUCAAACACUUCCUUGGGCUACCUGAAUUAUCCUACCCAAGUCAUCUUCAAGUGCUGCAAAUUGAUUCCUGUUAUGCUAGGAGGAGUUUUUAUUCAAGGAAAGCGUUAUAAUGUUGCCGACGUGUCUGCUGCCUUGUGUAUGAGCCUGGGCCUGAUAUGGUUCACCCUGGCUGACAGCACGGUUGCACCGAAUUUCAACCUCACAGGUGUGAUCCUUAUUUCCCUGGCACUGUGUGCAGAUGCCGUCAUUGGAAAUGUCCAAGAGAAAGCUAUGAAACUACAUAAUGCUUCUAAUUCAGAAAUGGUCUUGUAUUCCUACUCCAUUGGUUUUGUGUACAUUUUAUUGGGAUUGACAUGCACUAGUGGAUUAGGCCCUGCGGUAACAUUUUGUUCAAAGAAUCCAGUUCGGACCUACGGUUACGCUUUCCUUUUUUCCCUCACUGGGUAUUUUGGAAUCUCCUUUGUUCUGGCCUUGAUUAAAAUUUUUGGUGCACUGCUUGCUGUAACAGUGACGACGGGAAGAAAAGCAAUGACCAUUGUACUGUCAUUUAUAUUCUUUGCCAAACCCUUCACAUUUCAGUAUGUAUGGUCUGGUUUGUUAGUUGUCCUUGGCAUAUUUCUCAAUGUCUAUGGCAAAAACAUGGGUAAAAUAAGACUGCCAUCCCUCUGUGGUCUGACGAGCAAAACCAUGGACGCGAGAGAGUCAAGAACAUUGGCACAAACUGUAUAGGCAGUGAUGCGUCCUGUUUGUGAAACAGAAUUCUAAGGGGACAGUCGUCAGUUCAUGAACUUUCCAAAAGGAUUGCUGUGCGAACCGAAGGAUCUAAAGGCACAUGCUCCGUCUGUGGAUGGAUUUUACACAUGGCGUUGGCCUUUCUUCAGACCCUUGUGUGUUUGACUCCUGAAGCGCUCAAGAGCUCCACACCUGACACACCUUGGAAUAAAGCAUGAAUAUGAAGGACCGAUUCUUACAGCCUGUUGAAAAUUUCACUGGAAAUGGACCAUGUUGCAAGACUACAUAAUUAUGACAUAUCAAAGAAAUUGAUAUGUAAAAGCAGACUUUUUUUCAUUCCAUUUCGGUGGUGUUAUUUAAAUCGAUUCUCUGUUGUAAGAGUGAACUGAUGAUUUAAAAUCCAGAGAGCAUAACUUCAUUAUAAAUAAAAUGAUUCUGUGAUUUUUUUUUAAGAAUGUAUUUGAUAGAAUUUUGUUAUGAACAGGGGGCGUGAAGGUUGAAUGUUGCUACGAAGAGAGGAAGUAAAUUUUACAUACACUUUAAAACGUAGGCUUUUCUCUGCUCAUUUAAAAGUAUUCUUUGGAGAAAACAUGCUGUGACUUUCCUGCGGGAUGUAGGCCCUGGAGUAAAAAGCAGUCGGCCUCCUGAAUCCUGGAAGUCUUUCUCACAAGACAGAUUUCCUACCCUUCAUCAGAGGUGCUACAAGAUCUAAUGGUUUUCCGUUUUUGAAUUGAAGGGAAAAGAACUGGUGUCUUAAAUGAUUAUGAAAUAAUAAAGCUGUAGGUUUUCCUAAAAGUAAAAUUUAAUUUAGCAACGAAGAUGAAAUAGGAUAAAUUCAAGAAACACGAGUAGAUUUAGCAAAUUUGCACAGUGUGUCGCAGGGUUUUGAGUCGAAACUCAGAAAGAUUUUGGCCUUGAUUUUUUAGCAGUGAGUUUUAGAAUUGCUUCUACUGUAUCAAAAGUCAUAUUAAUUUCCAUUUUCAAUGUAAGUACUGUUAGCUGAAGCAGCUCAGUGUCUAUGCUCUUGGUGAUACCACUUAUAUUUGGUGAGUAUGGUGUGUUUAGUAUAUUUAAUCAUAGUCUUAAAAUUCCAGUGUAUUCUGAUGGCAACCUUAUACCUGUUAUGUGCACUUGUGGGUAUCACGGAGCCCAUGAAAACGUAAGGAUUUAGCCCAAGAAAUUCUGAUUUUCAUUAGCCAUAUUAAAUAAAAUACUGUGGGGCAUAUUUUGAAGUGGAA